CGCCAUGGUGGUGCCGGCGCGGCGCGUCAAGACGGAGUACAUGAAGCGCUUCAAGGAGCCCAAGUGGGAGUCGUGCGGCGCCUGCUACCUGGAGCUGCUGCGCUACCGGCUCAGCCGCCGCCUGCUGGAGCAGGCGCACCGGCCCUGGCUCUGGGACGGCUGGGAGCAGGACAGCGGCGGCGGCAGCGGCGCCAGCACCGCCGGCUCCCCCUCGCCGCCCGCCGCCGACAGCCCCGCGCCCGCGCAGGACGACGAGGAGGCGGCGGCGGCCGCGGCAGCGCCCGGCGAGGCGGCGGAGACCAGCCCGAAAGGAGAGAGAGAAGAUCAAGAAAAGCAGCAGAAGGAAGAACCAGAAAAAAAGGCAGAACCCUCUUCCAUUAAGGAAAAGGACAAAACCAGCCGUGCGGGACGACGUCCAAGCCAAAGUGCCUUGUCCGGUCGCAACGAUCGAAGGUCAGCCARAAGUCCUCAAAAGGCAGACGUGCCAAAGGAGAGUAAACACCCCUUUGCCCUGUACGGGUGGGGAGAAAGGCGGACAGAUACUGGAAGCCAGAGAACUCACAAUGUCUGUGCUUCUGCUUCAGUGAAUGAAAUUCAUGAAUCUGCCCUGCGAGCAAAGAACAGGAGGCAAGUGGAGAAAAGGAAACUUUCUCAGAGGCGAGUGCGGUCUGCGGAGGCCGAGAGAGCUUGGCGAGCAAAGCCUGCCCCUCCAGACAACCCCUGGAUGACCGAGUACAUGAGAUGCUACUCRGCAAGAGCUCGGUGAACUCUGCUUUCCUUCAGCACCCUCAAAGAAGUCGAGCAUAUCAGGACACUGGUGCAAGGAACCCAACUACUUAUGCAAGGUUUUUACAGGGAGUUUCCAGCUGUUUGUUACCAUAUUUGUAUCUUGGCUACCUACCUCACAGUGGGGUGUAUAGCUGGAGCCAUAACAUUUGAAGAAUCUUUUGAAUAUAGCUACCCACGUUUUAAACAAGUUCCCCUUUUGGGAAUCUGCAUUUCAGGGCCUCGUAAGCCGGGAGGAGAGCCUUGGACUCCUGGCAGCCUAAGAAGACACUCUCUUGAUCUUGCUCCCAAAUAAUUUGUUGACCUUUAAAGUUUAAGUUCUCCAAGUGAUCAAGAAGUGGUUUAGGGGGAAGAAUGUAAAGGUGUGAUGAAGGAGCAUUWGCAUUUAUCAAACUACUUGAUUCGGUGAUUGUCCCCAAACACGCUGGUUCAAGAUGGAUAACAGGAAAGAUGAUGAGUCUGGUAAAUGGCACUCAUAAAUGCAGAUGCUCCAUGUAGAAAGCGCAAGUGUGGUCUGUAUGUAGAAACACGCAUCCAAAAAUUUGAUUAAUGGAAUUGCUGAUAUUUUCUUAUCUUUCAAUCGUUGUUUCUAAGGUCGCUGGAAUCAAUGACUUGUCAGUCUCGGGACCACUUAUUUUCAGAGCGAGACCAGUUGCAGGACGGCUCGGAGCUGCUGUGGCUGCUGUACCAAACGGCUGACGCAGACAAUCACUACGUGGUGGCUGCUGCUCCGUAAGCAGUUGCUGGUCAUGCCUUGGCAUUGCUGUGUUAGCUCUGUGGUCACACUGACUUUGUGCUUAACCAUUCCAAUGCCAGUUUCCCUAUGGAGAGGGUUGGCUUCUGUGUAGUAAAAUCUGUGUUUUAAACUUAUGAGUAUCUUUCUAUGCUCAACAGGGUCAGAGUGCAAUAUGCAUCUGGUGGUGUGCUGUAACAAGUCUCCGUUAGAGGUUUGAAACUUGAAAAUCAUUUUGAUAAACCUUGUAGGGAAGUUCUAGGAAGUUUUCUGCCUCUCGRCAUUGGUGCAGAACUCCUUGAUGAGGAGAUGGGGAUCAGGGGAGGACAGAAAGAUACCCUCUAGGAAUCCACAGUAUAYAAUGAAGUGUCAACAUUUUAUUUUUACAUAGUAAAGCAGUCAUGUGUCAGUUCCUUAGUGGUGUGUGUGUGUGAUUCUUUGCUUUUUAUUCCCUCCAUUCAAGCUGCUGUAAAUGAACUCCUUCAGUUUGGUAGCUGAGCUUUAGUCAGGUCACGGCUGUAGUUGUGAGCUUCAGAGCUUUGACGUGUGCUGUGUUACCUAGUUGUGAAACUCAUUCUCUUAACAGUGACUAAACGUCAGAGUUUUCACUAGAAGCACCAUUGCACUUAUGCAGUAGAAAUCAGGAGCAGUUUSACUUCACUGCACAAACCAACACUCAAGAAAUAUUUUAUUGUCACUUAGAAGAUUCUAACCCCAUUUAGCUAAAACUUUAGACCAGAGUCCAAAACUGAGGUCAACUAUCCAGCUGGAUGGAUGCCUUCAAUUCUGAAUUUUUUUAUUAUCAAUAUCCUGAUUUUCCUUUUCAAAUAACUGUUAUAAAUAUGUUCUAGUUGAUUUUCACUCUGUUUUCAUUCAGGAAUCCAACUUGGAAUCAAGUCAGGAACCCAACUUCAGCAGUGGYAGAAAUGUACUGAAAACGUUCAGAAAUGUACUGUAGCCAGCAGCCCUAUUGAGUGAGACCUGCUGCUGUGCAGAGCACCACGUACCCUCCCUGCUCUGUAGAUGGUUAAAGUGGGUGUCCAGAGCAAUGGGGCUGUGCCCAGGGYCUGUCCAUGUGCAUUCCCUCACUGCAUGGGGCAGGACUCGUGUUGCCUCCUGUGCUYUCAAAGCUGUUCCCAGAGCUCUUCCCAGUGACUGUGGAGGGCUAGAGGACCAUGUGCCUACCUAGGUACCUGUUUUAGGUUUGGAGGGGUCUCCCCUGAGCAGUCAGCCUCUUCAAUAACUACAGAGGUCUAAGGGGCUCCUGCCUUGGGUACAGGGUACAAACUGGAGCUGUCUCAGGCAGGGGUGUCCAGGUGCUCUGCRGAGCACAAGAACCUCAUCUGCACCAGGGCUGCUGGGUGCUGAGAGGCUCUUACCCUUACCUUGCCUGGUCUGAAGCUGUACCCACCAAACAACUUGCUGGAAGGCAGCACUGGUGCUGGCCAGGUCCUGUGAGUCAGGCACCCUUAUCAACUGCAGCUGAAAAGCGGGGGGCCUAUAUUGGUACUCACUUGAUUUAAGUGCCAUGAAGCUUCAAGUGAGGGGCAGGCUCUGAAUCUGCACGUGGGGCAUCUUUCUGGUAGUCUCUCAAUUUGACCCUCAAACCUGAGGCUUGCUUUGAAUAUGUGGAAUACAGUCCUGAUCACUGCAAGCUGUAUAUUUAAGAUAUUUGGCAAGUGAUGGGCUGAAGUUUGGAAAAUUGCCUGAAUUUCUAUCAAAACAGCAAUAGCUAAAUCAACUGAUUUAGAAAGCAAAACACUUAAAGUAUGGAGUUAAAGCUUGAUAUUUUAGACUCUUAAAGAGAAGUAACACUCUCUUGUACCAAAUCACCUAUUUGGAGAUAUAAAACUAGUGAAUAUCCCCCUGUGAAUUAAGGAAGUUCUGAGCUCUGUCUUGCAUGGGCUCUUGAAUUCAGCCGUGUGGUAAAUGCUUCUCACUCUUGCCUUAGAAGUAAGGCUUUGGUAUUCAUGCAAACACAGAAAACAUUCACAGUUGUAAAACACUUGUCUGUUCUUCUCGGUUUCUGAAAGCACUUAGUGAAACUUAAGACUUUUUCAGUGUGUAAUGCUGCCCUUGGGCUGUUGUGCUGUGAAGCCYAGUGGUAGCGGUGUGAGAUGCCCCGGUGGGACCUGUGCAAGGGUGCUGUGAAACGGGGCAGCCUCCKGCGCAGGCACCUCCUCGCCGUGCUCCUCACGGGCUCUGC